AGCAAACAUUCAGAGAAAAACAUCAACCAUGUCAUUUCAGGAUAACAAUUCUGGAGAAGCUGGAAAAGAAGGCCAUGGUGAAAUGUUGAAGAAGUCAUCGAAAGAAGUGGCUACUUCUCUUCAAGGAAUGUUGGAGAAGUUGACUCCCCUGUCGACUACAUGCUGUAUAUAUAGAGUGCCACAGAAACUGCGGAAAGCAAAUAUGGAAGCCUACACGCCUAGAGUAGUCUCCAUCGGUCCCUUACAUCAUGGCGAAGAGCACUUGGUAGCCAUGGAAGAGCAUAAGCUGAGGUACCUCCAAAAAUUUCUUUCUGAAACCCGCAAAACCUUAGAGGAGUGUGUUGAAAUUAUAUACAGGGAGGAGGAAAAGGCCCGAGGCUAUUACAUGGAAAGCAUAAAGAUGAGCAGAGAAGAAUUUGUGAAGAUGAUUCUAGUGGAUGCUUGCUUCAUCAUUGAAGUGAUCUUGGGCUUUUCCAGCCGUCAUACUAUCGAAACAGGUGAUCGGAUAUACAACAAGCCACGGUUGUUCAUUGAUGUGCGCCGCGACAUGACCUUACUAGAAAACCAGCUUCCAUUCUUUCUUCUCCUCUCUCUCUACAGCCUGCGGGCUCCUCCAGGACCCCUUCCAGAAAACCAAAAUGACUACGCCCACUACUCAUUCCUUCUCUUGUCUGUCAAAUUCUUCAAAGACUACUUGCAAAUGCCAGAAGCCAAAAGUUCUGAUGAAAUAGUGACUGAAAUUAAGAAGAAGAUCUCAAGUCGUCAUGAGAUAAAACACUUUGUUGAUUUGCUAAUAGUUUGUCUGCAGCCUUCAUCCUCUAGUCUACCACCAGAAUCAAAGUCGUUCAAAUUCGUGAUACCUACUGCAACAUAUCUCCGUGAGGCGGGAGUGCGGUUUAAGUUGGGAUCGAAAGACAAAGACAAAGACAAAGACAAAGACAAAUUACUUGAUUUAGACUAUAAUAAUGGUGUUCUGAAAAUCCCACAUCUGAUACUGCAAGAAAAGUGUGAAUCCUUGUUUCGAAACCUCAUUGCCUACGAGGAAUGUCACGACCAUGCACAUACUUACAUAACCGACUACAUGUACCUCAUGGAUCACCUUAUCAACACUACUACAGACGUUAACUUACUUGUUAGGAAGGGAAUUAUCAGUAACCAUCUGGGCGACAACCAUGCGGUUAAGAAUCUAUUUAACAGACUGCUAAUUGAUACGACAACAUGUAAGGAGACCUUCCUUUUUGCAGGUAUAUAUGAGAAGCUGAAUAAAUACUACGAUAGUCCAUGGAACAGUUGGCAGGCAACAUUGAGACAUGACUAUUUCAGUUCUCCAUGGAGAGGAGCUUCUACAAUUGCUGCAGUUAUACUCCUCGUACUCACUCUCAUACAAACCGUAUUUACAUGGAUGUCUGUUAAGUAAUUACUUUUGCUGGUGAAUUAUCCAUCUGUAUAUAUAUGAAUAAAAUUGUGGU